AUGGGGAAUAUCUUGUGCAUCUAUUUGUUUUUGCAUUACUGCUUCAUGGCUACCUUGGCUGUGACCGCGAAAAAUUUAACAACCGAUCAAUCUGCUCUUCUUCAAUUCAAAUCACAUAUCACUUCCGAUCCCCACAGUGUACUGGCAUAUAACUGGUCCAUUUCUAAUCCAAUCUGUAACUGGGUUGGUAUUUCCUGUGGUGCUCGCCAUGAAAGAGUCACAGCUUUGAACCUUCCAUUCAUGGAACUCGGUGGCACCAUCUCUCCAUACCUGGGCAAUCUCUCAUUCCUGGUGAAACUUGAUCUUAGUUACAACAAUUUCCAUGGCCAUCUGCCGAAUGAACUGGGUCAAUUACGCCGACUGAGAGUCUUUUCUAUCAGUAACAAUACAAUAAGUGGAGGUAUUCCGGGAUUUAUCGGUCUCUUAUCCAAACUCCAAAUCCUGAAACUUGAAUUUAAUGAUUUCUCAGGUACCAUCCCAGAUGUUCUCUUCAAUGUAACUACGCUAGAGGCCCUGUGGUCACACAACAAUAAUAUCCAAGGAAGCAUUUCACCAGAGAUUGUGAAGCUCACCAGGUUGAAAAUUUUCUAUAUGGCAAGUAACUUACUCUCGGGCUCCAUACCUUGGAGCAGCAUCUACAACUGUUCCUUGCUACAAGUGUUUCGUUUAGGCGACAAUUCUUUGUCUGGCAGUCUACCAGAUGGUCUCUGUAAUCGUCUUCCAAAACUUGAAUGGCUAACUCUAACUUACAAUGGACUUUCUGGCCAGCUUCCAAGAAGUUUAGGCAACUGCAGCGAGGCUGUUGUUUAUUCAUUUUCAGAGAAUAAAUUUACAGGACUCAUACCACAAAAUAUUGGAAAUUUGAGUAAGCUUACGUGGUUGACUCUUAAUAGUAACAACUUAGAAGGUGAAAUUCCAGAGGAGAUAGGCAAUUUGCAAAAUCUUCAACAUCUAUAUCUAGGUUUCAAUAGCUUAACUGGUGUAAUUCCAGAGGAGAUAGGCAAUUUGCAAAAUCUUCAACAUCUAUUUCUAGGUUUCAAUAGCUUAAGUGGUGUAAUUCCAGCUUCAAUCUUCAAUAUUUCAACCAUAAUUAGGAUUAAUCUAGCUAGGAAUAACCUUUCAGGCUAUCUACCAUCAACCAUUGGCCGUAGGCUUCCCAACUUGGAGAUUCUUGCCAUAUGGUCAAAUGAACUUACUGGAACAAUCCCCACCUCCAUCACCAAUGCUUCCAGGCUCGUUAAGCUAGACCUGUCCAUCAACUCAUUUUCUGGGCUUGUUCCAAAUACAUUUGGCAACUUGAAAUUCCUCGAAUGGCUUAGUCUUGAUUCCAAUAACUUCGCCACUGAAUCACCUACUGCAGAAUGGAGCUUUCUGUCUUCUUUGACAAAUUGCAGGAAACUAAAGACUCAAUUGCAAGAUCAAGGGCAGCAUUCCUACUGA